GAAGCAGAGAAAGAAGAGCAUCUGUGUAUCAGCAGAUGUGACUCUCACUGUGUGUGUAUGUGUGUGUGUGUAUGUGUGUGUGUGUGUUACAGCUGCAAACAUCUGGACUCCAAACUGAAGCUGUGGCUCACUUCUCUGUGACAUUCUUGAACAGUCAGUGAGAGCAGAGCUGUCGUCUUUCACCCUGUGGACUCCGACAUGACGACGAGGAACAGUAACAGCAGCCGCCACAGCAACCUGCCUGGUUUGUCCCCAAGUUUGCUGAUGGAGGAGGAGGCAGCGGCCGUGGAGAGCGCCAUCAGGGCGGCGGUGGACUCGGUGGUGGCGGUGAUGCGCGGCGCCUGCAGCCGGACGCUGCUGGAGUACCAGAGGAGGCUGGAGGAGCGGGAGCUGGAGGUCAGGAGGCUGGAGAGCAAGUUGGAGCAAAGUGAGAGUGAAGUGACGCUGCUGCGGGAGGAGGUGCGGAGGAGGCAGCCUGGAGUCCCAGCCUGUGGUGGGUCAGACCAGGAGGAGGUGCGGAGGAGGCAGCCUGGAGUCAGAGCGCUUGGUGGUGCUGGUGGAGCAACAACCACUCACCUUUCCCCGAAGCCCCAUGACACAGCAGAGGCCUUUCCCCACCAACAUGCCCAGAAUGGAGCUCCUUCAUUGGAGGGUGAAGGAGCGGCUGGAUGCAUCACCUCCGUGAUCAAAGAGGAGCCCUCCGAUCUGGAGCCGGUCAUUAAAUGGGAGGUGUGUGAGGGGAGUCUGCUGGACCAGCAGGAGGCUGGUGGAGCUGAACAUCAGCAUCAAGAAACAGCUGCAAUGAAAAACACGCGGGUUGAAUUUGUGGUAAAAACGGCAAAUUCCCAGAUGAACAAGGUGACGACAACAGAAGAGGAAGACGAACCUGCUGCCAAUCUGAAACGGAGAGGGGGGGAAAGAAACGGAUGCCGCCUACCCGAGACGGAGGAAGAGGUUGUUGUGAAGAAACCCUGUGUGACUUAUUCAUCUGUCCGAAAAACAACUGCUCUGAAUGACAAUCUGAGCGAUAUCGGCUCAACGCAGCUCCACUGGCAGAGCAGCAAUGGCUCAAUAACUUCAAAGUUACAUGCACAAGAGCCGCUAGCAUGUCAGCAGCCGACAUACAUCACCAUGACAACCCCACAACCUACAUGCGACCCAAUACUUCUCGAGGUCCUUGUUUCACUGGAGACCAUCAAGCAACAAAACACAACUGUUCUUCAAAUACUGCAGUCAGGAAACUCCCCCGGAGCGCCGCUCUCUGAACCUCCAGAUGUCGGCACGCUUCCCCUUCCGCUCCAGUCGGUGCAGGACUUGAGAUGUCUGGAACAGAGGCUCUCUGCCGAGUCAGAGCUGAAGAAAAGGAUGAUCUCGUACCUUGGCCUGUCUGGGGGGAUGACGACCAAAGAGAGCGUCUGGAGGAUAAUGGCCAAGCUCUUUACCAACACUUUGGCCAAAAACAUCAACUGGAGGGGAAGAAAUAACAAGCAGAAGAUAGAGAACCUUACCAUCAAAAGAGUCAUCAUCAAUGCAGUCCGGCAGAAUUCGUUCUGCAAGGAUGCCGUGGAUGAGGAGAUAGAGCGAUUCAUAAAGCGCUGGCUGCAGCUGGCAGGGGACAGAGAUGGAGGACGAAAAAGACGACAAGAAAAGGGCAAGGAAUCCGCCAGCAUGCAGGAAUACUGCAUGGAUGACAUGUUUACUCAUGUGAUUGAGUAGUUUCAGAUAUAUCUGCAACACCAACUGUAUAUAUCCUACGGCCAUUUUACUUUUGUCAUCUAAUGUUUAACUGGUAAGUGAUCUGAAAUAAUAAUAAGAACACAAUACACGACAAAAACACGUCUAUAGUCAAAUGUAGACACCUGCACACACACAUACAACUACACGUAUUGUUCCCUUUAUUAUAUUUACUCUCCUCAACGUUAGGUACAGUAGAUAAAAGAAAUCUAUACAGUUCCUUUACAAUAUAUAGUUAAUGACAAGAUUUGCACUAUUUGCAUUAUUGCUUUUGUUUAUUUGGAGUUCUUUAUUCUUUGCACUUCCAUUUAGAUUUUUAAUCAUAUCUUAAUAUUUGUUUAUAAUGUCAAUCAUAUUUAUUUUUACAAGAGAGAAUGAAUUCAUUGUAUUCGUUGUUAUUUGACCUUAUCAUCAGCAUUGAUUAAAUGUUCUUGUAAGGAAUAUUGUUAAAAAAAAAAAAUAAACACAGGUUGUUA